GGAGAGACGAUUGGAGAGACCGAGAGCACGGACCAAUCCAAUACUCUGAUUCUCAGCUCCGGCGAAGCCAUUUCCGAUAACAACGACUCGUCGGAUUGCACCGUCCAACAUCUCAGACAUUGCGCGUUUCCAUUCAAUUCAAAUCUGAAAGAAAAAAAAUAAAGUUGUUUCCACUUUUUUAAGGCCCGGUCCGGCCCGGUUCGGUCCAACUUAAACGGUUUUUAUUUUAUUCUAGUUCUAAAGUAUGUGAAAGAAAGAGAGAGGGAAUUGUGAUUUUUUUGUGUUGUGGAGAGCAAAAUGUGGGCAAGCGCGGAAGGUGGUGCUCCGGAGGUUACUUUAGAAACUUCCAUGGGUUCCUUCUCCGUCGAGCUGUAUUACAAGCACGCACCUAGAACUUGCAGGAACUUCAUUGAACUUUCUCGUAGAGGUUAUUAUGAUAACGUUAAGUUCCACAGGAUCAUCAAGGACUUCAUAGUACAAGGUGGGGAUCCCACUGGGACAGGAAGAGGUGGAGAGUCAAUUUAUGGUGCGAAAUUUGAAGAUGAGAUUAAACAAGAGUUGAAGCACACUGGAGCUGGUAUUUUAUCUAUGGCUAAUGCUGGUCCUAAUACGAAUGGUAGUCAGUUCUUUAUUACUCUCGCACCGUGCCCUUCUCUAGAUGGAAAACACACAAUAUUUGGAAGAGUGAGUCGGGGAAUGGAAAUUAUCAAAAGACUUGGCAGUGUCCAAACAGAUAACAAUGACAGGCCCAUCCAUGACGUGAAGAUACUUCGGACAUCAGUCAAGGAUUGAAAUGAGUUGAUCUGAUGUGAAACAAUUGAAGUUUAGUUAUGACUGAAAAAAUGAUUAAGCAUAAGAGUUGUAUUUUUUUGGGCACUAGUUUGCGUACACAGUAAAGACCUAAAGACCAUGUUUAUGACCUAUUGGUUUGGGGCAGUACUUCUAAAGAGAUUUGGAUCUUUUUAGUUUCUGUUUCAAUUAUAAAUUAUAAAUGUACUAUCUUAUUUUGACUGUUUUAUAGUUUUGUUAACAUUUUUAUUUUAAAAACUCAAGGGCUUCGAUUUUGUACCAGGACCUGUAAUGAAGGUUAGAAAAAUAAUUGCAUCUUCA